AAAUACAAACAUAAAUUGAUGAUCAAACAAAAACGACACCAGACCUAGGCGGUUGCUUCGGUGUCGCUGUAUGUGCUCUCAUUCAGCGAUCGGAGACUGACUACACAAUCUUCUGCAAAUGUGAAAUGCGUUCAGAUAUAUACACCCAGAGAGAGAAGAAGAAAGACCCAUAUAUAUAUAUAUAUAUGAAUGAAGAUUGUAACGUAUAACAUCAACGGCCUCAAUUCUCGCAUCUCGCAGUUCGGUUCCCUCCUCAAAUUACUCGACUCACUAGAUGCCGACAUCAUAUGCUUUCAGGAGACAAAAUUGACGAGGCAGCAGCUAACGGCUGAUUUGGUGAUCGCCGACGGCUACGAAUGCUUCUUUUCUUGCACGCGAACAUCGAAUAAAGGACGCGUAGGAUACUCCGGUGUUGCAACAUUUUGUCGUGUAAAGUCAGCAUUUUCAAGCAAUGAAGUACCUUUGCCACUUGCAGCUGAAGAAGGCUUUACUGGUGUUCUUGAAACUUUGCAAGGAUCAAGAGCUAGAAAAGAUAGAAUGCCUGCAAAAGUGGAGGGCCUUGAGGAGUUUCCGAAGGAUGAGCUUCUGAAGAUUGACAGUGAGGGUCGUUGUAUCGUCACAGACCACAGCCAUUUUGUGCUUUUCAAUAUAUAUGGGCCUCGAGCACAUGAUGAUGCAGAAAGGGUCCAGUUUAAGCUCACAUUUUUCAAGAUUCUACAGAAAAGAUGGGAGUGUCUCCUGCGUCAAGGAAGAAAUAUAAUUGUUGUUGGUGAUCUCAACAUUGCUCCUGCUGCUAUAGAUAGCUGUAAUCCAGGGCCUGAUUUUGAGAAGAAUGAGUUCAGGGCAUGGUUCAGAUCUCUACUAGUGGAUAAUGGCGGUCCUUUCUUUGAUGUUUUUAGAGCAAAACAUCCUGACAGAAGAGAAGCAUAUACACAUUGGCGACAGGACACAGGAGCUGAAGAAUUCAAUUAUGGGACUAGGAUUGAUCAUAUUCUCAGUGCUGGAUCAUGUUUACACGAAGAGCAUGACCAGCAAUGCCACAGCUUUGUAAAAUGCCAUGUUAAGGAGUGUGACAUGUUGAUGCAGUUUAAGCGAAGGAGGCCUGAAAAUUCACCUAGGUGGAAGGACGGGAGAAGCAUCAAACUGGAAGGUUCAGAUCACAUUCCUGUUUACAUGAGUUUGGUGGAAAUCCCAGAUAUUCUGCAGCAUAGCACUCCCUCUUUAUCAGCUAGAUAUGCUCCUGAGGUUCGUGGGAUCCAACAAACUAUUGUCUCAAUGUUGAUCAAAAGACAAGUAGCUGAGCAAGUUGAGACCUGUGGAGUGUCAAGUUCCUUUCCAGAAGAAAAUAGUACUGGAGGGAGUUGCAGUGAGAAUCUGAAAAGGUCAUCUGAUGGUUGCAUUGGUUUGGGCAUAUCCUCAGAAGCAAUAUCUUAUUCUUCGAACCUUGAAUCUGAAGUUGCCAGUCCAAGAACAGAUGAAUACUCUGGAGUUUCCUCUAAUGGCACUCAUAAGAAUUUGAUUAAAGUGGGAUCUGACCGCGAUAUUUCAAAACCUGGCACAAAAAUUAGGAAAAAACCAAGACAAGGUGAUUGUUCACAACUCACACUGAAAUCCUUUUUCCAGAAAAGUUCAAGAUUUAGCGAUGGUGCCGACAACUCUGGCACUGACCUCUCACUUAGUCAGACAGGUGUUUCAAGUUCUAAUCAGUCACCCAUUGGAACCUUUCUGGGUGAUCAUGCAAGCAGUAGUCCCAAACAAUGUGAAUUGAAUGAUUGUGCAUCUACUCAAGAUCAGGGCGAGCUAAAUUCCUGUUGCAAUUCAGAAAAAGAGAAGACUAAUGUUGCUAUAUUAGAGUGGCAAAGGAUUCAACAACUCAUGCAGAACAGCAUUCCUCUUUGCAAGGGCCAUGGUGAAGCCUGUGUUGUUCGGGUUGUGAAGAAACCAGGUCCUACUUUUGGACACAGAUUUUUUGUCUGUGCUCGUUCUGAGGGGCCUGCUUCUAAUCCUGAAACAAAUUGUGGUUACUUCAAGUGGGCUACUACGAAACCUAAGCGCAAAGGGUGACAGGCUGAAGUUUUCUUAUAAGAUGUGAAGCCAUCCAUCCAUUGCCAGCCUUGUAAUAUCUUCUAUCUUAUGUUGCCCUGCAUGGGUCGCGGAAACCAGCCAUUUUUGCUAGCGCGCCUUCUGGUCAUCCUUUGAGGAGCAUCAAUGUAAUAUAUAUUUAAUACUAUUUGGCUAAAUUACAGUAAGUCCUAUUUUGUUUUCCUCAAGAGGAGCAGGGGAAGGUUUGUUGGGUAGGGUUUCGCACGACCUUGGCACUGGCUUCUCCAUGGCAACUCGUAACCUAUUUUGUAUCAUGUAUAACUUGGAGUAGAGAUGGUAUUCUAUCAAUACAAAUGUUGGUGUUUCCAUUGUUGGGAGGCA